UCAAUCUACAGCGAAUGGCAACAAUUUUGACUUUAGCAAUCUACGAAUUUACCAUUCUCAAUUUUGACAGCUGACCCCAUCCAUCAAAAGCUUUCAAGCUUGUGCAAAAAUAUUUUUAAUUUUUCUUAAUUUAUCCUAACUCCAUAAACGUUAUGCUAUAAGCUUAACAUACAGGAGUGUGCGAGUGUAGCUAGUUGGUCAGUGGUGUGGUGUGAAAUGAUUUCGUGUUGAAAUCUGUCAGGUUACUACGUUAGCAAUAUGGGGUCCAUGCGACCGACGGGAAGGUUCCUAUCGUUCGCUAAUAACAUCCAGAGGACACAGAAGCAAACUGUGCCAAGUGGAUUCCCACAAAGCCUAUCAGGCAGUGAGACAGAUGUAUCAACAUCUAACGAGAACCUGUCAAGAGAAGAGCGCUAUGUGGUACGACAUACAGCCAGAGUGGAGCCUCAGGGGCAAGAGAAUCAGACACAGACUAAUAACAAUAACAACCGCAAUUCCUUGAAGGAAAGUGUAACAGGCAGUAAUCGCAACUCCCUCAAAGACUCUGUGGGUGGUGGCAACAGCAAUAGAAGCUCCCUGGACGUGUCUUCAUCUUCUUACAAUACUCUUAUUAUACACAACCAGGAUGACUCCUGGCCUCCAAGACCUACUCCUAUCAGAGAGCAUGAAAGGACAAGUAGUGAAGUAAAACACCCUACCACUCAGUCAUCACCAUACCACACACUGAAAAAGAAUGAAGGAGUGAAGAAACCUAGUGGGAUACCUGUACCCAAGAUGCAUAAGGAACAAAAUGUGACUACUACCGCCAACUACAUUGAUAUAGGUGGCCAGAGGAUUUAUACUAGCCCACCUGACCAUGGUGUUCAGGAAAUAACCGAAAUCCCCGAUGACUUCCUCAACCAAUCGUCAGUACUAAAGCAUCUAGCAAAGGAAGUAGCGCAGUCGCCUACACCCCGCGGCCCCACCCCGCCCGCCUCGCCCCGCGCCCCUGCGCCACCUCGGGAUGACUCGAGGAAGGCUAAAGGGAAAUGUUCUAAGGCUAAGCUUAGUAAAGAGAAACUGAACCUGUCUAGGUCACAGCCUGAUCUUACGAGUGUGGGCGUCCGCGCGGUACCCGGAGGUUCAGAGUCCAGUGGCUGGUGCAGCGGCGGCGAGGGUGAACUAGAGGAACCUGAUGAUGCGUUCACUGCAGUGCUCGAUGCACUGGCCGCGGAGAACCAUCAGCUCAAGAGACAGCUGGCUGAUGCCUGUGAACGAGUUGCCAAGACUAAUAAGCUGGAAGAAGAAGUGGAGAAAGUCCGCACUGCUCACGAAGAACUGGUCGGAUCGUGCGAGCGACGGGAGCGACUGGAGCGAGCGGCGCGAGUGCGGCUGCAAGCUGACUGUCGCCGCCUACACGAUCUUAAUCGCGCGCUUAAACAACAGGUGGAGCUACUGUCGCAAGGAGUUCGCACAGAGAACGAUAGCAACGCGGAGGCUUUACGCAAGGAGUUGCAGAACAGAGAAAUGCUCAUAGCACAGCUCAUUACACAGAAUAAAGAGUUAGCGUGUGCGAAAGAGCGUCAAGAGAUCGAGAUGGCGGCACAACGCGCCACGCUACAGGAGCAGCGCACGCACAUCGACAUCCUCGACACCGCGCUCACCAACGCGCAGGCUAACGUCGUGCGGCUCGAGGAGGAGUGUCGUCACGCGAGCGGCUACGUGGAGCGCGUGAUGGGGCUGCAGCGGGCGCUGGCGUCGCUGCAGCAGGCCUCCGACCGCCGCGAGCACACCGAGCGCAAGCUGCGCGCACAGCUCGAGAAGGAGCUGCAGACCCUCAGGAAGCGUGAGUGCAACUGUGGCGGCGCGAGUGCAGCAGGCGGGCAGGGCGGCGGCGAGGCGGAGCUGCGGCGCCAGCUGCGCGAGCGAGACGAGCGGCUGCUGGCGCUGGAGGGCGAGUGCGCCAAGUGGGAGCAGCGCUACCUGGAGGAGGCGGCGCUGCGCCAGGCCGCCGUCUCCGCCGCCUCCAUACCCAAGUCAGUACUGCAGCUGUGCCUAGUGUAUAGCGACGAGCGGCUGCUGGCGCUGGAGGGCGAGUGCGCCAAGUGGGAGCAGCGCUACCUGGAGGAGGCGGCGCUGCGCCAGGCCGCCGUCUCCGCCGCCUCCAUACCCAAGUCAGUACUGCAGCUGUGCCUAGUGUAUAGCGACGAGCGGCUGCUGGCGCUGGAGGGCGAGUGCGCCAAGUGGGAGCAGCGCUACCUGGAGGAGGCGGCGCUGCGCCAGGCCGCCGUCUCCGCCGCCUCCAUACCCAAGUCAGUACUGCAGCUGUGCCUAGUGUAUAGCGACGAGCGGCUGCUGGCGCUGGAGGGCGAGUGCGCCAAGUGGGAGCAGCGCUACCUGGAGGAGGCGGCGCUGCGCCAGGCCGCCGUCUCCGCCGCCUCCAUACCCAAGUCAGUACUGCAGCUGUGCCUGGUGUAUAGCGACGAGCGGCUGCUGGCGCUGGAGGGCGAGUGCGCCAAGUGGGAGCAGCGCUACCUGGAGGAGGCGGCGCUGCGCCAGGCCGCCGUCUCCGCCGCCUCCAUACCCAAGUCAGUACUGCAGCUGUGCCUAGUGUAUAGCGACGAGCGGCUGCUGGCGCUGGAGGGCGAGUGCGCCAAGUGGGAGCAGCGCUACCUGGAGGAGGCGGCGCUGCGCCAGGCCGCCGUCUCCGCCGCCUCCAUACCCAAGUCAGUACUGCAGCUGUGCCUAGUGUAUAGCGACGAGCGGCUGCUGGCGCUGGAGGGCGAGUGCGCCAAGUGGGAGCAGCGCUACCUGGAGGAGGCGGCGCUGCGCCAGGCCGCCGUCUCCGCCGCCUCCAUACCCAAUUCCGUGUUCAGGGACGCGAAGAUCGCGGCCUUGGAGAAGACGUCGGCCGAGUCCGAGCGGCUGAUGGCUGAAGCGCGCAACGAGAAGAUACGACACAUGGACGAACUUCACUCCGCGCAGAAGAAACUUGCCGAUUUGGAGGGAAGAGUAAAGGAGCUAGAAUCUAAAGUAGCAGAGCGUGACGCGAUGAUCAAGGUUCUGCAGAAGCACACGAGCGCUGCGUACGACAGCGGCGCCUCACUGCGGAACAAUUCCAGUCGCGAAGAACUUGUGGGUCUGUCGUCGGGCGCGUCGUUCUCCAGCGCGGAGGGCGGCGGCAGCGUGGCGGGGCGCUACCGACACCUCGCGCGGAGGAACUACUCGCCGCACAACGAUAACUCCAGCGGCUGCGGCUUCGACAGCACCUCCCUCCGCUUGGACGAGCAACUCGCGGCGCUGGAGUCUCGUCUGGAGCGGCCGCCCGUGCCUGCCGUGAGUUACCUGCCGCCAGACCCGCACCGGGACUAUUACUGACCCGACACUAACCGCACACAUUACAACCAUUUAACAUCGACAAGUUCUCGAAAAAUGUAUUAGAUGACAUUUUUUAUCGAUAUCGACUCGAUUUUUGGCUACACUAGCGCCAGAAUUGCGAUCACUAUAAUACAAAAUUGGAAUGCGAGUUUAACUAAGCUACCAUCUAUGGUUGCUAUCGAUAUCGACUUCGAAUAGUUAGGGAGUAUUCGCAAUCCAAACAGCACAAGUUUAGAGCCAGAUACACUCUGGGCCACGUUCUUCUCCCAAUAGACAAUUAUUGAGUAAAAAUAGUGAAGAAAGUAAUCGUUAAUUCUUGCAUAAACUAAAACGAUAUUCUAUAAUAAAAUUAUCGAUAAUAUUCAUAUGCAGCGCGAAAUUAAAGUCAGCUACUACAACUGAUUACUCUCACACAAUAUAUAAUAGGUAUGUACCUAUGGUGGUACAGUACUAUUUAUCGAUAUCGAUAGCCGCAAGCUAUUCAAUUUUAAAAAUUGUUUGAUGUGCUGGGGUGAUACAAUCUUAGUCUCGAUGUCAGACCAUCAUGGUUUGACAAAUCGAAUUCCAAUCGAAAACGAUUAUUCGAUUCGAAAUAAUUAAGAAUUGA